AUGAGGAAAGUCGGAUUGAGCAGUUUUACAAACUUGGCUUUUAGAAAUUCUGCGUCUACUGACACGUUGAGGGAGAACAAACAGAAACAAGCCCCUGAUGGGAACACAGAUGAGAAUGUAGAGAGGGGAAACUGGAGCAGUAAGAGCGAGUACUUGUUGUCUAUGAUUGGCUAUGCAGUCGGUCUGGGAAACAUAUGGAGGUUCCCUUAUCUGGCAUACAAGAACGGAGGAGGUGCCUUCCUCAUCCCUUACUCCAUCAUGUUGUUUGUCAUUGGUAUCCCUUUCUUUUUCCUGGAGUGCUCCAUUGGCCAGUUCAGCAGCCAAGGGCCCAUCAAUGUGUGGAGGGCUGUGCCAGCAAUGCAGGGUGUGGGGAUAGCAAUGGUGUUAUCGAACGUCAUUGUAACCAUCUACUAUAAUGUGCUCAUAGCCUACUCCCUAUUCUACUUGUUUUCUUCCUUCCAGUUUCCUCUGCCUUGGAGUGAAUGUUCCAGCAACUGCAGCAUCACACCUAAAGACAUCUGCAAUGGGACAGCUGUCAAUGAGAGUCUCAACCUGAUGCUGGGAACGAAUAGCACCUGUCAUUCAAACAGCAGCACACUAAAGAGUGCUAGUGAAAAAUACUGGGAUGAGGUAGUCCUGCAGCGCUCCAGUGGUAUAGAUGAAACUGGGCCAGUCGUCUGGUACCUGGCCCUCUGUCUGCUGUUGAGCUGGAUCCUUGUGGGCGGGGCCAUCUACAAAGGUGUCAAGUCUUCUGGGAAAGUGGUGUAUGUCACAGCUACAUUCCCCUAUGUAGUGCUGUUCAUCCUCCUGAUCCGAGGUUUGACAUUGGAGGGCGCUAAAGACGGGAUCGAUUUCUACAUUGGCUCCAAGUCCAACUUCACUAAGCUGGGUGAGGCCGAGGUCUGGAAAGAUGCUGCAUCCCAGAUCUUCUUUUCUCUGUCUGCAGCAAACGGUGGAAUCAUCACCCUAGCCUCCUAUAACAGGUUCAAAAACAAUGUGUAUACGGACUCCAUGGUUGUCUGCCUCAUCAACUGUGCUACUAGUGUGUUUGCCGGUUUUGCCAUCUUCUCCAUCCUGGGUCACAUGGCAUUCAUCUACGGGAAGCCUGUGACGGAGGUCGCCCAGGCAGAAUUUGGACUGGUCUUCGUCGUGUACCCAGAUGCCCUCUCCAAGCUUCCCAUCUCUCCUCUGUGGUCCAUCCUGUUCUUCGUCAUGCUCCUCACCCUGGGACUGGACUCUCAGUUUGCUGGGAUAGAGGUUCUAACCACUUGCCUCCAGGAUGCCUUCCCUCAAGCCCUGAAAUCCAAGCGCUCCAUCAUCUCCGUGGUAACCUGUGCAGUCUUAUUCCUGCUGGGCCUACUGUGUGUUACCAGGGGAGGGAUCUACUGGGUGACUCUGAUGGAUCAGUUCUGCGGAGGCUGGGUCCGGUUGAUGAUUGCUGUCCUUGAGGUCCUUGGAGUCAUUUACAUAUACGGUGGAAACAGAUUCAUUAAAGACAUAGAAAUGAUGAUUGGCACCAAGAGCUUAUGGUUCUGGUUUUGGUGGAGAUCCUGCUGGUACUUUAUUUCCCCCUGUGUCAUCAUCGUGAUUCUGGCCUGGUCUCUGUUCACCUUCGAGGUCCCAACUUAUGCAGGUGUACAGUACCCAUGGUGGGGCAUAGCACUGGGCUGGUGUAUCACUGCCUUCUGUCUCAUCUGGAUCCCAAUCAUCGCUAUUUACAAGUUCAUCAGAGCAUUGGGAGGACCAUUGCAGCGUUUGAAAGAGAUGUGUUCUCCGACGGAGGCCUGGGGUCCCUACCUGGAGACGCACCGUGGAGAGCGCUACAAACGAGACAUCAACUCCUACAGUCUCCCACAACUGUGA